UUCAGCCAUUGAAUGAAGAAAUACGGUCAGGAUAAAGAUGAACAAUUGCAAAGUUUUCGAAAUGCAAUGCCAAAAGGAUCGUUCUGGACCGACCAAGUAAAAACUUGUAAAACCAUUGACAGCGCGUGGAUCAUUUUGGAUACAGAGUUCGCAGACAGACGAAAACUAAUGGACGAACUGCACGCCGAGAUUAAUAAUCUUAAAGCAGUCAAACGAGAUUCUAAGUCCCUAACGCAUUUCGCUACGACAAUAGCCUGUUAUGUAAGUGACAUGGAAGAUAAUGUUGGGUGUCCUGUGCUGGAGUCAGUUGAAGCGCCGUUCCUCAUGUCCCAGCUUCUGUCCAAACUCGAUCCAAGUGACAAUUCAGAUUUUAGUAGAGAAAUGAAAAGAGAAGGAAAUGAAGAAACCGUGAGCAAUCUAAUCACCUGGUUACAUCAAGAAGCGAGUAUUCGUUCCCGAGGGAAAGCGAACACCAACACAGUGGAAAGAAACGAAAUUCGCCGAGACAAAAGUCCCAAAAAGACAGAAAAUAACGCCGCUAACAGCGAGGAUUCUGACGAUGGAACAUGUCCUCUUGGCUGUAAGACCAAACAUCACCUGGCUGCAUGUCCUAAGUUUCAGAUUCUAACAGUCAAUCAAAGGUGGGAGGUUGUAAAGCAACAUUGGCGAUGUUGCAGGUGUCUGAGAGCGCAUCACACAAACGAUUGCAAGAAACCAGACGGCUCAACCUGCGACAAAUGCAGAAAAAACCAUCACCGGUGCCUACAUAAUGAGAAGACUGGAGAAACUAACACAAGUUUGAAUCCCAAAGCACCACCGUUUCCAAGUCAGUUCCAAGGGCCCACACCUACAUCGAAUGGUAACAUCCAGGGGAAUGCUGUGUACCAGAAAAGCAAGUUGAAACCUGUUACUGGACUUUGCCCUGUGCAAAAAGUUAAAGUCAUGGACAAAAAUGGAAACUUUGUCGAAGUUCUCGCCAUGUUGGACUCCGGGUCUAACACAAGCCUACUCUCCAAAAGUGCAGCUGGUCGACUUGGCUUAAAUGGAGCAGCAACACGUCUCACUAUGAAUCUGGCGGGUGGAAAGAAGAAAAGCGAACCUU